CCUGACCUUAGCUCGGAACUAGCCUGCACGGAUCCGCCAUAAGAGCGAAUUCCCACGGGAAGUUUAGCGGUACUUGCCUGCUCAAUCUUGUCUCUCUGCUCGAACGUGAUUCGUGACUCGCCUUGCCAUCUCGAAUGCUUCUCCUACUCGAUCCUAGUCUCCGCGGCGCUCGUCGGACGUCGUCACGGACGGUCGUUCAGUCUAGUGGUCAUGUUCCUUAUAAUUGAUCGCCGAGGCAUAUUGCCGGUCAGCCGUGUUCUCUCCGCCAGUGCUCGUUCUUAGCGCAUCGCAGGUCGUUCUCAAGUCAACGGUUGUUCUCACGUCAACGGUCGCUCUCAAGUCAACGGUCGCUCUCAAUUCAACGUUCGUUCUCAAGUCAACGUUCGUUCUCAAGUCAACAGCGUCCAGGGAUCGGUCAACGGGCUGCACAAGCGCUCUGUGCCGGCCGGCGGAUUCCGCCUCGACCCGACACAUUCGUCCGGCGGCUCGCGCGCGUCAGUAGUAGCGGGAUAAAGAGUCUGCGUGUAGCGGAUCAGGAUCUUAGCGGCGAUGGCGCGGGAUUUGGCGCGCGGGAGUGAUUAUUGGCCGCUAGGGGGAGUGGAACACGAAGGGGGAAGCAUGGUGGACGGCAGGGGGAAGGGUAAAGUGGAGAAUGGGGAGAGUAAGAGAGAGAUUAAUGGGAGGAGUAAAGGUGAGAGUUAUGGUGGGAGUAUACGGGGGAGAGGAGGGGAGAGAGGGCCGGAAGGGAGUAGCAGCAGCAGCAGCAGCGGCGGCAGCAGCAGCAACGUGAGAAGCCAGUCGCUCUGGGAACCGUUUUGGAGGGAGGAGGAGAGUAGGGAAACUACUAACAUGCUCGCGGCAAGGAGAGAUGGAGGGGAAUACGACGUGGAGAGUGGACGAGGGAGGGUGGAGGAAGAGGAGGGGGAGGAGGGGGAGGAGGGGCAGGAGGGGGGCGGGAGACGGAGAGAAGGAAGAGGAACGGAGGCGGAGGGGAAGGAGAGAGGGGAAGGAAGGAGGGCAAAGGAGUUAGCGGGACAGUCGGCCCGGCUACGAGGCAGCUCUGAGGAGCAAGGGACACUGCCUUCGUGCUGCCACUUGCGUGCUGACGCUGCCGGUACUGCUGGGGAGAGGCAAGAGCUUUCAGAGGAGCGGCAGCAGCAGCAGCAGCCGCAGGGAACGUGGUGCUGUGUCCCUGGCCACGCCCAGGAAGCGAUGGCGGUAGGCCGAGCGCAGCAGGGUAAGCAUGGAGGAGGGCAAGGCGGAGGGCAUGGCGGAGGGCAUGGCGGAGGGCAUGGCGGAGGGCAUGGCGGAGGGCAUGGCGGAGGGCAUGGGGGAGGGCAUGGCGGAGGGCAUGGGGGAGGGCAUGGGGGAGGGCAUGGCGCUGUGAGAAGGGAGAGUGGGAAUUUGUGGGGCAUGGGCGGAGGAGAGAGGGGGGCGAUAGUCCAAAAAGUGGGAAGAGGGGAGAGAUGGCAGGGGAGUGAGGGAAGGGAGUGGCAAGAGAGAGUGCAGGCAGGGCUCAAAUCACAUGCUAGUGGCAGCAGGAGUGGGGCAGAGCUAGGCAGAGGGGGAAGAGGGGGCGGAGGGGGCGGAGGGGGCAGAGGGGAACGGAGGACAUGGGGCAGGGUGGAGAGAGCGGCGUAUUUGGUCCAGGAGGCGAUGGCGGGCCGAUGGGUGCCUCUGGAGGCGGUGAGAGAGGAGGGCGGAGGGGCUGCUGCCAGAUGGGUGGGGUGGUACCAACGAGGGGAGGGCGUGAGGGCUGCCAUGGUGGUGGUCCUGCUGCUGCUGCCGUUCUUCGAGCUCCCGGCGUGGUGCACGGCCAAUACCCCAUCUCCUCCCCUCUGUGGCGACCCCUCGGUCUACGCCCUCAGUGGCCUGCCCUACAUGCCGCACGCUCUCACUCUCCUCAUCGAGGCGGUGUGUGUGGCGGUGGCGCUGGCCUUCCUCGCCCUGCAGCGCUGCAUCCUCGGCGGACCCUCCUUCUGCCGCAACCACGUUGCCCGCUAUAAGUUAGCAGCAGCAGUGGGGAUAGUCAUCGAUCGCACCUCCUCCUUCUCCCUGCAUCGUCUCUCUCCUCGCCUUGCGGCCCGCUUUCUCCCCGUGCCCAUCGCUCCCUACUUUCGAGUGCUGCUUGCCAUCCUCUUCAGCAGGUCCAUCCGAGGCUGUUUCCGCACCACCCUGCGCAUCAUCGCUUCCUUCCUUGACAUUGCUAUCCUACUCACUGUCUUCGUGGUCUCCUUCGCCUGGUUAGCUUUCAUCCUAUUUGGCUCCUCUACUGCUGCCACCACCACCGCCACCGCGGCCGCCACCACCACCACCGCCACCACUGCAACCAACCCCUCGUCCUUCUCCUCCUCCUCCUCUUCCCCAUCCCCCUCCGUCUUCUCCUCGCUGCCCGCGUCUCUGCGCGCCAUGUUCAUCCUGCUCACCACGGCCAACAACCCCAACGUCUGGCUGCCGGAGCUCAACGCCUCGCGCCUCUCCUUCCUCUUUUUCGCCUCCUACCUCGCGCUCGGCCUCUUCUGGAUGAACCUCGUGCUCUCCGUCAUCUACUCCUCCUACAGCUCUCAGAUGGCAGUGUGGGAGCGCAAGCAGGUGACAGCACGGGAGGCGUGCCUGAGGGAGGCGUUUACCCUGCUGGACGACAGGAGGCAGGGGUGGGUGCCAGCGCGCACCAUCACACAGCUGCUACUAGCCAUGGAGCCCUUCAAGUCCCACCCACGCGGGGCGAGCCACAUAUCAGCCCUGUUCCUCCGUCUAGACACGCGGGGCGACCUCCGCAUCUGGGCGGACGAGUUCCAGGGGCUGUGUGAAGCGCUGGGGCAGCAGGCCCGGGAGAUGGCAGUGAUGGAUAAGAGGGGAUGGUGGGGAGGAGGCUGGGGGAAGGCUGUAUUGGGGGGAGGGGGAUGGCAGGGAAGGGGAGUAGAAGAGAGAGGAGGGAAGAGGGUGUCGGCAGUGGCUUCUGCUCCCAAUUUUCGUGCGUUGGCUUGUGGGGGCGAAUGCGGCAGGGGCUCUCAGCGCAACUUCCAGCACCCCGGUUCUUCCUCUUCCGUCACCUCUUCUGCUGCUGCUGCUGCUGCUGCUUCUGCUGCUCCCCACCCAUCGCUCGAUGCUCUGCCUGCGUGUGCCUCACACCACAUUGCUUCUGCGGCUCCUACUUGCCCCUUGCCGCCUCUGUUCCAGGCAUAUGGGUUGCAAGAGGUAGAGAGCGUGGCAGAUGGGUUUGAUGAGUGUCAUAGGCACUAUGAGCAGCAUUGGCUGUGUGGCCGGCAUAAGCCAUGCUGGCACUAUGGCACCCGGAACCAUGGUGACCACCAUGGGCGGUACUAUGAGCAUGAGAAUGCCAAUCCGAGAGGGUAUCAGCAGCUGGUCUCGCCACCGUUCACACCACCAUCACCACAAUCACCAUCACGGACAGUACAAUUGCCACAAGCACAGCAAACCUUCCUACAAUCAGCAUCACUACGAUCACCCUUUCGGUCGCGCUCAUUCUCAUCAGCAGCACAGCCGCUCUCGUCCUCGACGUCCUUGCUGCAGGCGCUCCUGCCGUCCCAUCCCCGCCCCAUGCCGCUCGCACUCAUUCCAUCACCACCGUCCCCAUCGUCACCAUCACAGGCCUUGUCAUCAACACCACCAUCACCAGCACCGCCAUCACCAGCACCGCCAUCACCACCAGCAGCAGCAGCAGCAGCAGCAGCAGCAGCAGCAGUGGCAUCCAGAGCAUCGCAUGGUGCUGUGUUCCACCAAGGUUUGCUGCAGCAGCAGAGGUGGUCAUCAAGAGCUGAGAAGCUGGGUCUCGUCGUCACACUGCUGCUCGUGGCUGAAGCAAACAUGUGUCUCACAGGCAUCAACCCAGCGCUCCUUGUUCCCGUGCAAGUCUUGGCAGCUGUUGCAUGGAUCAUCCGUUUCGUCCUCCAUUGCUGGCAGUGCUGGCCUCACAUCUUCUCCCCCCAUUGGCGACUCCACCUCCUCUCCUCCAUCCCUCUCCUCGUCCUCAUUCUCCUCCUGUUCCCUGUGUACUCGGUCUUCCCCUACGCGUUUUCCACCAAAUCUCCUGGCCACUACCUGCACCGACACCUGCAGCAUCAACACCACCCCUACCACCUCCAGCAGCAGCAGCUUCAGCAGCAUCAGCGUUUGCAUAUGCAGGUGUUUCCAGCAACCUCAGCAUCAGCAGCUGAGUGGAAGCAUGGAUGGGAUGGAUGGGAAGGAUGGCACCCUCUUCGGUUGCUGCUGUUGGCACCACCCCCAGCUGAAACUUCUCUCCCCUGGCCGCGUGUGACUCCUUGUGAGUCGACUCAGAAGGCACCGCCACCUGGCUUCCCCUGGCUGCGUGCCACUCAAACACCUGGACCAAGCAGGGUUCCGCACCCCCCUGACGCUCUACCCUGGUUGCAAGCCGCUCUGCUCGUCCGCUGCCUCCCCCUCCUUCCAUUCUCCCACUACCUCCCUCGCCUCCACCUCCUCCUCUCCUCCCUCUCCGCCCUCCUCCCCUCCAUCCUCCCCAUCCUCGCCCUCCUUUUCACAACCCUCUCCCUCUUCUCUCUCGCCGGUACCCACCUCUUCGGGGGCCUCCUAUCCUCGCACCACCCGCAGUUACAACGCACAGAGUACCUCAAUUCCGGCUUCCUGCCACUCAAUUUCAACGACUUUCCUGCGUCUAUGGCUGUGUCUUUCAACCUGUGCAUAGUGAACAACUGGUAUGUCAUCAUGGAUGGGGUGGCGGCGGUGCUGCCGCCAGGGCAGCAGUGGAGGGCCACGGUAUUUUUCGCCUCGUUCUAUGUUGUCAUUGUGGUGUUUGUGCUCAACGUGGUGGUUGCUUUUAUACUCGAAGCCUUCGUGAAAGAGCUUAGGGUCCGGGGAAGUUCGCAGGGUGAUGGUUGGGGGCUCAGAACAGCAGUACCAGCAGCAGCACUACCACCACAAAGAACAGCAGCAGAAGCAGCAGCAGCUCCAGCAGCAGCAGUAGCAGGAGUUGGUUGUGGUGGUUGUUCUGGUGGCCAGUGCUACUGCAGAUUUCCUACUUGUGGUCAUAAUGGCAUCACUGAUACUGGCACAAUAUCUGCAUUCGGGUCAUCACUUUCCUUUUAGACUUACUUUGAUGAAGGUGGCAUUAUUGAAUUACUCAGCCAUGUUACUAAGCUGCUGCAAGAAUUUAAAAGCGGUGCAGAAGACGAAGUAUAGAAUCUGCAGACACAAGUACUUGAAGUAGAAAGUAAUGUUCGAAUGCUAGCUUAACUAGGAAGAGAGGCCGCCAUGAAAUGGUGGCCAGAGGUU